AUGAACUAUUUUCUAUCUUUAUUUCUGAUUGUUUUGCUAGUAAUCAAUCAAGAUUCAUUUGUAAUAAGAUAUUUCAAGCAAUGUGCAGCUGAUGUGUUAUGUCCGCCUGGGGGACUUUGGAGCGAGUGGACAACAACCGAUAAGUGUAAGCAAUCGUGUGGAUCUUGUUCUGAAGUUAUCUACAUAAGGACCUGUCUAUCACAAAGUGCCAAUUGCAAUUGCACUGGUGCAUUAUCUCGUUAUGUCCCAUGUAACACCAACGUUUGCAAGUACCCUAGUCAACGUGCGUGUUGCAUUCCUUAUGUUCCACUGCUUAUCAAUUCAACCAUGCAAUGCGGACCCAUUCCAAAAGAUAAAUCUUCUUCCAACACACCAUGUUGCCCAGUAAACGGAAUAUGGAGUGACAGGAGUGGUUUUUCAAGAGAUAAUAUAAACUCUGAAUGGAUUCAAACCCGGAAAUGUGUAUCCGAAGAUGCCGGUUGUAUGUAGUGGUAUCAAUUUGAAUAUCCAAACAGAAUGUCCAUGUCCUGCAAUGUUACCAGCUUCUCAAGUUGGAGAGAGAUGUGCCCAAGGAUCGAAUUAUUUUGCUAAUUCUAUUCAAAUCAACAAUGUUAACUGUGUUAUGACUGCUGCAUUGAUAGCAAGUAAUGAUAUUUCGGGAUCACCGGCGUGUAGCGCGUAUGGAGGAAGAACUUAUGUUCCACUUGUACGGUUCUCAACAUCAGUCCCCAAUCAGUGA